AUGGAGCUGUGCAAAAUGCUGUUCCAGGCUUGGUUUCUGAGUACAAUCAUUGAGUCAAAGGAAAGUCUGUGCUGUAAGAGCUCUCUGGAGGUGACCUGGUCCAACCUCCUGCUCAAAGCAGAGAUAACACUGGAGUUCGAUAAGAUACAGUUGUAUGUUUUUUACUGCAGAAACACUCCGUUACACCUUGCUGUGAUGUUGGGACAUAAAGAAUGUGCCCACUUGCUUUUAGCCCAUAAUGCUCCCGUAAAGGUGAAAAAUGCUCAGGGAUGGAGCCCUCUUGCAGAAGCCAUCAGCUAUGGAGACAGGCAAAUGAUUACAGCACUCCUAAGGAAGCUGAAACAGCAGUCCAGGGAAAGUGUUGAAGAAAAGCGACCUCGAUUAUUAAAAGCCCUGAAAGAGCUAGGUGACUUCUAUCUAGAGCUUCACUGGGAUUUUCAAAGUUGGGUGCCUUUACUCUCCCGAAUUCUGCCUUCUGAUGCAUGUAAAAUACACAAACAAGGUAUCAAUAUCAGGCUGGACACAACUCUCAUAGACUUUACCGAUAUGAAGUGCCAACGAGGGGAUUUAAGCUUCAUUUUUAAUGGUGAUGCUGCUCCCUCCGAAUCUUUUGUAGUUUUAGACAAUGAACAAAAAGUUUACCAGCGAAUACAUCACGAGGAAUCUGAGGUGGAAACAGAGGAAGAGGUUGACAUUUUGAUGAGCAGUGAUAUCUACUCAGCAACAUUAUCAACCAAGUCAAUCACCUUCACACGUGCCCAGACAGGAUGGCUCUUCCGAGAAGAUAAAACAGAAAGAGUAGGGAACUUUUUGGCAGAUUUCUAUUUGGUGAAUGGACUUGUAUUAGAGUCAAGGAAAAGAAGAGAACAUCUGAGUGAGGAGGAUAUUCUUCGCAAUAAAGCUAUCAUGGAGAGCCUGAGUAAAGGUGGCAACUUAAUGGAACAGAACUUUGAGCCCGUCCGGCGACAGUCGCUCACCCCGCCCUCACCCAACACCAUCACCUGGGAGGAGUACAUAUCUGCUGAGAAUGGGAAAGCUCCUCACCUGGGCAGAGAGCUGGUCUGCAAAGAGAGCAAGAAAACCUUCAAAGCCACGAUAGCUAUGAGCCAGGAAUUCCCCCUAGGAAUUGAAUCGUUGUUGAAUGUUUUAGAAGUAAUUGCACCCUUCAAGCACUUUAACAAACUUAGAGAAUUUGUUCAAAUGAAGCUUCCACCAGGCUUUCCUGUGAAAUUAGAUAUUCCUGUGUUUCCCACCAUCACAGCCACUGUGACUUUUCAGGAGUUCCGUUACGAUGAGUUUGAUGACUCCAUCUUCACUAUUCCUGAUGACUACAAGGAGGACCCCAGCCGUUUUCCUGACCUCUAACCCAACUGGAAGGUGAAUGGUGAGCGCCACCACCAGCGUCCCACAGCGAGCCCAUGGAUGCACACAGCCCACAGGUAGAGAGCAGUGGGUCCUAAAGGAAGGGAUAAACUUAAUAAUCCAGAAGAAAAGGGAACAUGCAUCAAAUGACUGAUGUACUGACACUCACUCUAACGGGCAUCUAGUCUAGUCCCUGAUGUACAGCAAGUCUCCUGACGUGUCCUGCACACUUUUAUACAUCCAGUCUUGCAAGCCUGGUAGUCUGACACCUCGAUGACCCUGAGAAUACUUAACAGCUGUGAGGACUAUCAUUUGUUUUUAAAUUUUUUACAUUUCUUGGUGAUACAAAAAGCACUCUUGGACCAUUAGCAUAAAAGUUGAAAUGUCUUAGCUGGGUAUUAGUCCUCUCAAACAUCCCACCAUACUUAAGAUGACCAUGUUAUAUUCUUUCAAGCUUUGUUUUCAUGAAUUGUAAACUAUGUAUCAUGAUGUAUAAUUCAGUAAUUUGAAUGUUAGUUGAAGUAUAAUAGCAGAAAUGCCUUUUCUGUAGAUGAAUGAACCAAAUGGUAACCAUUAAACAGUUGCA